AUGGGAAGGGUUUUCUUGCUGGAGAAAGAAGAACCUGCGUUUACAUGUAGGACGUGUAAUGCCCAAAUUGCAUUAAGUGCUCAUCUCUUGGACAACUUUUACAACUUUUUUGAGUUUCAUCAAGUGUACAAUGUUAUGGUCGGAGAAGACGUGGUUCCUUACGGCAACGAUCUAUACUACGGCUAUGAAGUGUCUUGCGUGAACUGCUGCGCAGUUAUUGGUUGGAGACGAAUUCAAGAUGAACAGGGGACACUCUAUUUCCGAUUUGAGCAUGGUAGGAUUGCUCCACCACCAUCACCACCACAAAAUCCUCCGGACGUUCAACCAUAG